CUCUGUCAUUACAGAGCCACGACACCAGUUUAGUAUGGCUCGUGUCGGGAUGUGUACGCGCAGCAUCAGGCUGACAGAUAUGCUGUCUAGAAGACUUGUGUCCAGGCAAGCCUUAAGGACUGUGUGGACAGGGAGAGAGAGCCUUGAGGAGGAUGACCCUGAAGUGAUGGCCAUCAUAAAGCAGGAGAAAAAGAGACAGGUUCAUGGUCUGGAACUGAUAGCUUCAGAGAAUUUUGCAAGUCGGGCUGUUAUAGAGGCUCUAGGAUCUUGUCUAACAAACAAAUACUCUGAAGGUUAUCCAGGUGCUAGGUAUUAUGGUGGAAAUUUAUUUAUUGAUAAGAUAGAGAGUCUGUGUCAGACAAGAGCUCUGGAGGCAUUCCGUCUGGAUCCACAUCUGUGGGGAGUCAACGUCCAGCCUUAUUCCGGAAGUCCAGCUAACUUUGAGGCUUUCACUGCUCUACUGAAGCCCCACGACAGAAUCAUGGGUCUGGAUCUACCUGAUGGUGGACAUUUGACCCAUGGGUUCAUGACUGACACGAAAAGGAUUUCUGCUACCUCACUGUUCUUCGAAUCUAUGCCAUACAGAUUAAAUCCCGAAACAGGUUACAUUGACUACGACAAACUCAGGGAAACUGCCCAUCUUUUCCGUCCAAAGCUUAUCAUUGCUGGAACAACUGCCUAUUCUCGCUUGCUGAACUAUAAAGCAUACAGAGAAAUUUGUGAUGAGGUGAAUGCCUACAUGUUAGCAGACAUGGCGCACAUAUCGGGACUGGUGGCAGCUGAUGUUAUUCCUAGUCCUUUUGAGUAUGCUGAUGUUGUAACUUCAACAACACACAAAACACUGAGAGGACCAAGGUCUGGGAUGAUAUUUUAUCGCAAAGGCAAAAAAGGUGUGGACAAGAAGGGAAAUGACAUCAUGUAUGAUUUGGAGAAGAAAAUCAACAAUGCUGUGUUCCCUGCCCUACAGGGAGGGCCCCACGAGCACCAGAUAGGGGCACUUGCUGUGGCUCUCAAACAGGCAAAGUCCCCAGAAUUCAAAGAGUAUCAACAGCAGGUACUAAAGAAUGCCAAAGUAAUGGCUAAAGCUCUGCUUGACAAAGGAUACAAUGUUGUGUCUGGGGGUACUGAUAAUCAUCUGGUGUUGGUGGAUCUAAAGUCUAAAGGAACGGAUGGUGCUCGAGUGGAACGCAUCCUGGAGCUGUGCGAGAUAUCUGUCAACAAGAACACCUGUGCUGGAGACAAGAGUCCCAUGACUCCAGGCGGACUUAGAAUUGGUGCACCAGCUAUGACUUCACGUGGAAUGAAAGAAAAGGACUUUGAGAAGAUUGUAGAAUUUUUAGACCAUGGAGUUCAAAUUGGAAUUAAUGCCAAAAAGUAUUCAAAGACUUUGAAGGAGUUCAGACAUGUAGUUAUAGCCAAUGAGGAUCUCCAAGCUCAGAUUGACAGAGUUCGUGCAGAGGUUACAGAAUUUGCCAGCCAAUUCCCAAUGCCAGGACUGGAUGAACGCUAAGUCAUGUGAUACACACAGUGAACGAAAAAUGGAUACAUCAUUAAGUGCUUUAAAACCCUUUAUAAAAGAAUAAAUGAAAAAAUAAUCAAAGUCUAUUUUCAGGUUAUAUGCAGUAUGAUUUUUUUUUAACAUUGAUACAUGUACUGUAUAAAGGAGAAUUUUCUGCCCCCGUUUUGUUUUUGCCUCUUCUGCCUUGCAUCAUCAGUGGGCAAAUUCAAACAUUGUUUCUCAUUAACACAACUGGGUCUGGGGAAAUUUAAAAGAGUAUAAAAUUUACUGCAAAUAAGAUAGGACAAAAAUAAUAUGGAGUAGUUGAAUUUUUUAAAUCAAAAUUUUGAAUGAUUGAUGCUGUGUUUUAUUUGUAUUGAGGUGAAAUGGAGGCUACUUCACUAAAAAUGUCUGUGUGAUGUUGUUUGACUUGUCAGAGAAAAAAAAUAUCCAUCAUGAAGUUGUUAAGAAUCUCCAGAGUUGAUCUCAGAUUUUGGAUGAUCUGAUUUAUAUAUAAAACAAUGUGCAUUGCAUUGCAUUUAGAUAUAGCUAAGCUUCCUUUUGUGUGGUACACAAGUUUGAAGCAUAUAAAUUGCUGAAUGAGGAUAUUUGAAAGGAUUUUUUUUUUUACUGAAAAGUUUGCUUUUUUUUGUAAUAGUGAAUUGGUGUGUUGGAUGAUUUAAACUGCCAAAUAUUAUUGGUGAAUUUCAGGUAUCAGAAAUUAGUCACAAAUGAAGGUAUCAUGAAAAUGGAUGGCUUAUAGGAGUGCCAAAAUAACUUUAUAUUAUUAUAUAGAAGGCCACAAAAUUAAUUUUUUGAUUCUCAUUCCUGUAUGUCUCAAAGUGCUUUCUCUCCCCAACAUUUUCUAUUUUGAAUUAAAAAUGGGAUUUUUAAAAAAUAUUUUUAAUCUUUGGUGUUGGAAAAUUUAAAAAGAAAAAGUCAAAACAUGCAAAUUUAAUUGAUUUAAGUAUUGUUGACAUGAAAUUUGUACCGUUAAAAACUGGAUUAUGUACUCAUGCAAAUUUGGAUGAGAAUUUAAAAAAUUACUUUAUGUGACCUUAAUUGAUUAAAAGCAUAUUGAUGUUGUUUUUUUUUAAUGGUAUAUAGUAAUUAUGAUCAUAACAACAACAGAUGGUAAUGGUUUACAAUGUACUUGUGUUUUGGUUAUUAACAACUCUCAAUUUUUUUUAAAAGUCUUUACAUUUUAUCACAUUAAAACUCACUGGGUGGAAAAUUUAUGUUUUACAGUUUUGUUCAUAUGUUUUUCUUUUCCUUUUUGGACAUUGAAGCAUUUCUAAUUAUUGAUUCAGCCAUAUACUGUUAAAUGAAUUGCAUAUCAGUAUUGUGUACAUUAUAUACUUUCCCAAUAUUUGUGUUGUGUAUUUCAUGUAUCAGUAAUGGAAUUUACCACACACCAACUCAUAUUAGAAUUUUUUUAUUAUUGUAAUAUCCAGGUGCCAAAUUUGAAUCAUUUUGAUAUACUUACAAUAUCUGUACCAGAUGUGUUGAAAAAACUAUUAUUUCACACCAAAGGCAUUGGCUGCAGUCACGAUGCAAUUGCUUUGGCCAUUUUUUUUUUCCUUCAACAUACAUAUAGUUUUUAACUUGUUUCUGACCACAUUUUUCACCAUAUUUAUUUCAUGUGACAUGGAGAUGAAAGUCAAGAUAGAGGAUAAAGAGCUGGGUUCAUUUUGUGCAUAAAAUAGCCCUGUCCAUAUCCAAAUUAACUAACACCCUAUGUCCCAUUUCAUCAAUAUAAAGUAGAGACUUAGUGCUUUCAUUUCCUCUAACAAAGUUUCCUUUGAGAGGCCAGGUAUUGGAAAAUUGGCUUUAUGAAAUUGCAGUAUUCUUGCAUUUGCAGAAAACAAUUGUAUUUGAGUACCUAAAGCAAAGAAAUAAAAUAUGAGCACAUCCCUCGAUCAAAAAUAUAAAAAUUUUGUUUUUAUAAUCCUCAGGAACAGUUCUGUCAUUAUAUCUGCCUGCACAUUUUGGAUCGGAGGUUGUGCUGUAUACAAAAUAUUGAAAAAUAGCUUAAAUUUUUUUACCAUUUUUGAAAGAAUUUUCAGAAUAAUGGAUAUUAUGAUGCAAUUCAUGAUGAUGUAAUGCAUUGGCUACCAAGAAAUAUAUGUUAAUUAAUUUCAAAAGAUAUGCAGUCACCAAGGGUCCAAGUGAUAUUUGAUGCGUGUUCAACUAAAAUUGAGCUGUUUUGUUAAGUGAGCCUUGCUCUUUGCGUUAUUUAAAAAUUUCAAGCCAUUGAAUCAGACUGCAUUUUAGAUGUAACAAAAUAUGCAAACAAGGAAUGAGGAUAAAGUACUGGGAUGGAUAUCCCUGAUAAUGUUGUGCUUUAGGAUGAAAAUUAAUAGAUUUCCAUAACAAAUUUUCAUACUUGGUAAAAAGUUAAGGUUCAAGAGAAAAAUCUACAUUAUCUACAGGUAACUUAGGCAAGCUGUGUAGACCAUGGGCCUUUUUUACAUUUUUUUUUUCCUUCGAAAUGCAACAAUUCAUUGUUAUUUUGGGUUUAUUCUAAGUGGUAUUUUCACUAUUUUGUUUAUAUUAAUCAUGGUUAAUCAGCGAGUCCUGAAAAAGCAAAAUGGUAAAUUUUGAUGAAAGUUACCAAGAUGCAUGUAGUAUCAGGAUUAAAAUGAAAAGUAUGCAAGUAAUUGUGCCAUAAUUUGUUUGUUUGUUUGUUUUUUUUAAUUUUCAGUUAACUUUCAGUCAAUAUGAUCAUGGGUUUUUUUUCCCACAUUCAGUGAAUUUGAUCAUAGUUUCUGGGUUUUUUUUUUUUAACUUUCUGUUAGCUGAUUUUUUUAAGUGAGUGGUAUUUUUGCAUUUGAUGUUCAUGCUUUCUUGACUAAUUGUGUUCUGUUUUUCAAUUUCUUCUUGGUUUUGCUUGGUUUGGUUAGAGGUCCUUUUUACUUUAAACGAAAUUGUUUUAGCUUAAUGUUCCGUCUUAUAGAAAAGUGCUUGUGAUUGUGUACAUGUAUGUGAAUCUUUAAUAUCCAUGUUUCAUGCAUUUAAAAUGUUUGGCUUUUAUGUUUGAAUUUGAAAUAAAAGUUAAAUGUUG